AACCAAACACGUACACCACCGGUUUCAAGAUAAUCUGAGAUUAACUUGGAGUUCUAUAUAGUCUUCAACCUUGUUACGUACUUCAGCCAAACCAAAGCAUUCAUUGUAGACAUGUCUUUUGCACUAACAACAACAAUGUUUGCUUUUCUUCUCUUCACUUUCAUGUACUUUCUAUUCAAACUCUACUUACAUCCAAAACAAAAAACCCUAAACCAUAAAAAACCACCAGGUCCAUCAACACUACCAAUAAUUGGAAAUCUUCACAUAUUAGGCAAACUUCCACAUAGAACACUUCAAUCACUCUCCAAAAAAUAUGGUCCAAUCAUGUCCUUACAACUUGGUCAAGUUCCAACUAUUAUCAUUUCAUCUUCAAAAGCUGCAGAAUCAUUCCUCAAAACUCAUGACAUCGUUUUUGCAAGUCGACCAAAGGUUCAAGGAUCAGAUCUCAUGUCUUAUGGUUCCAAAGGGAUGGCUUUUUCUGAGUAUGGUCCUUAUUGGCGUAGUGUGAGGAAAUUUUGCACUUUGAAACUUUUUAGUGCUUCAAAAGUUGAGAUGUUUGGUCCUAUUAGGAAGGAGAAGUUGGAUGUUUUGGUUAUAUCUUUGGAGAAAGCUGCCUUGGAGGGUGAGGUUGUGAAUGUUAGUGAGGUUGUAGAGAAUCUUAUUGAGGAUAUUGUGUAUAAGAUGAUGUUUGGUCGGAGUAAGUAUGAGCAAUUUGACAUGAAUAAGUUAGUUCUAGAAGCAAUGGCUUUGAUGGGAGCUUUUAAUCUGGCUGAUUAUGUACCUUGGCUAGGCGUUUUUGACCUUCAGGGAUUAACACGAGCUUGCAAAAAAACCAGUAAAGCCCUCGAUGAGGUUUUGGAGAUGAUAAUAACAGAGCACGAACAGACUACUAAUACUGACAAAACUCGUAAUGAAGACUUUGUAGACAUACUUCUUUCAAUUAUGCACCAAACCAUUGAUGUCGAGGGUGAACAAAAUCUCGUCAUUGAUCGAACUAACAUCAAGGCUAUUUUGCUCGACAUGAUAGCGGCAUCAGUUCAUACAUCUGCUACCACGAUUGAGUGGGCUUUAUCUGAACUUCUAAGGCAUUCAAGAGUGAUGAAAAUUCUUCAAGAUGAGAUACAAAAUGAAGUAGGAAAUAAAAGAAUGGUUGAAGAGAAGGAUCUGAAGAAGUUUAAUUACUUAGAUAUGGUUGUUGAUGAAACCUUAAGACUUUAUCCUGUUGGACCCUUAUUAAUCCCUCGUGAAUGUAGAGAGAGCAUAACAAUUGAUGGAUAUUUUAUAACGAAAAAGACUCGAGUUAUAGUAAAUGCAUGGGCUAUUGGGAGAGAUUGUAACGUUUGGUCAGAAAAUGCUGAUGAAUUUUACCCAGAGAGAUUUAUUGACAAGAAAAUGAAUUAUCAAGGACAUGAGUUUGAAUCUAUACCAUUUGGUUCUGGUCGUAGGCGUUGUCCUGGAAUUCAAUUGGGUUUAAUUAUCGUUAAGUUGGUUAUAGCUCAAUUUGUGCAUUGCUUUAACUGGGAACUUCCACAUAAUAUUAGUCCUUCCAAUUUGAAUAUGGAGGAGAAAUUUGGACUCUCUAUACCAAGAGCUCAGCAUUUGCAGGCAAUACCGAGUUAUCGUUUGGAUGAUGCUAAGCAUGAAUAGUUACAAGAAUAAUACUAUGUUCUUGUUCAACAAGUUUCUACUAGUAAUAAAGAUGCUAAGUAUGGCAGGUCUAUUAAUGAUGUUUUAAUGCAUAUUGCUUGUUCUUUAUAUAUGUUCAUAGCCAACAUUUGAGUCUCCAUUGGGACAUGGAGGUCAAUAAAAUGAAUAAUACAAGCAUAUCACAUGCCUUCAUGAUCAA